AUGCAUCCAACAUGUUUCGUCGUUCAGAAAGUUGCUGCAUCGGCUUCUAUUGAGAGUAUAGCUGUUGAUGAAGAAAAAUUAGAUUCUGAUUCGGGUGAUGAACCUGUGAAACUUGGAUUAAAUUACCUUCAUCAUACUUUGGAUGAUGACACAAGUAUACAAGGUAAGGGCCGAAAAAGAGGUGGUGCUCCUAGGGGAAGAGGGAGGGGGUCCACUACUGCAAAAAGGGGAAGAAAAUCAGACAACACUUCAUCAUCAAUCCAAGACAUGAUGAUGAGUAAAGAUGAUGAUGAUGAGGAUGUUCCAAAGAAAGCAAACAAAUCUCAACCAAGGCUUCUGGGACUCUUCAACCACCUUUUCUAA